UAAGAAAAGUUAUGCAUGACCAUAUUAAGGAAGCGGGAGGGGGUGUGCGCUGGCCCCGUCCCAGGGCUCCGCGCCAGCCUAGCCUCGACGCCCGCUCCCGGUGCCGGCCGGGUGCGCAGGUGUCCGGACGCUUCUCCUCCGAGCCAGCCAUCGCCUCGACACCUCCCGCAAAUGCUCAGCUUCUUCUGGCUGAGGUGUCUCUUAAAAAUGGUCAAGGGGAAUAUUAUAGUCCCUGAAGAGAUCUUGAACUUCUGUUGCAAUGGCCUCCAGGGCUCAACCUCUCCACCACGUGCCCAGGAGCCAGGGGAGCGGGAGGAGGCACCGGGGACCAUGGCGAGCCCCUUGCCUGCCCGCAACCCCACCGAGGUGCAGAUGAGCCAGCUGGUGCUGCCCUGCCACACCAACCACCGCAACGAGCUCAGCACUGGCCAGCUGCUCAAGUGGAUCGACACGGCUGCCUGCCUCUCCGCCGAGAGACACGCUGGCUGCCCGUGCGUCACGGCUUCCAUGGAUGAUAUCUAUUUUGAGCAUACCAUUAGUGUCGGGCAAGUUGUCAACAUCAAAGCCAAAGUGAACCGAGCCUUUAACUCCAGCAUGGAGGUGGGUAUCCAGGUGAGCUAUGAAGAUCUGUGCAGCGGGAAGCACUGCAGUAUCUGCAAGGCGUACGCCACCUUUGUGGCACAGGACCCCUCUGGCGGCAAGGUGAGGCUGAAGCCGCUGACCCCGCAGACAGAGGAGGAAAAGAUCGAGUACAGCAUCGCCGCUGAGCGCCGCCGCAUGCGUUUGGUGCACAAGGACACCCUCAAGGACCUCCUCACUCGCAGCCCCCCUGACACCGAGCUGGAGACACGGGACGGCAGCGGGGCAGUGCCGGCGGAGAAGACGCGUGUGGAGAGCGUGGAGCUGGUGCUGCCUCCACAUGCCAACCAUCAGGGCAACACCUUCGGUGGGCAGAUCAUGGCCUGGAUGGAGAAUGUGGCCACCAUUGCAGCCAGCCGGCUGUGCCAUGCCCACCCCACACUGAGGGCCAUCGAGAUGUUCCACUUUCGGGGACCUUCGCAAGUUGGGGACCGCCUGGUGCUCAAAGCCAUCGUCAACAAUUCCUUCAAAAACAGCAUGGAGGUGGGGGUCAGCGCCGAGGCGUACGGCCCGGAGAUGUCUGUCAGCCCACGGCACAUCAACAGCGCCUUCAUGACCUUCGAGGUGCUGGACCAGGAGGGCCGGCCCCGCACGCUGCCCAUGGUGGCACCCGAGCCAGGGGAUGGAGAAAGGAGGUACAGAGAAGCCAGUGCUAGGAAAAAAAUUCGGCUGGACCGAAAAUACGUUGUCUCCUGCAAACAGACCGAGGUGCCACUCUCUGUGCCCUGGGACCAAAGCAACAAGGUUUAUCUGAGCUACAACAAUGUCUCUGCGCUGAAGACACUCGUAGCCAAAGCAAACUGGGCACUCGCCAGGGAAAAGGAAAAGGUGAGGAUGUACACGCUGGAGGAGGAUAAAUUCCUGUCCUUCCGCAUUGAGAUGUCCGUCUGCAUCACGGCCAGCCAAGCCUUCUCCCUGCUCUCCAACCUGCGGCGCCGGCACGAGUGGGACAGUCACUAUGUGAGUGCUGAGCUCGUCCAGAAGGUGGAUGACGAUGACAUGAUCUACCACGUGGUGAGCCGGAUGCACAGACAGGAGAGCAAGCUGCAGGACUUUGUCAUCCUGGCAUCCCGGCGGAAACCCUGCAGCAAGGGGGACCCCUAUGUGGUGGCCUUUCGGUCGGUGACACUGCCCACCCACCCCCAGAGUGAAUACACGCGUGGGGAGACACUCUGCUCUGGUUUCUGCAUUUGGCCGGAGUCAGAGGAGAUGAGCAAGGUGGCUUACUACAACCAGGCUAUGCCUGGGUACCUCAACUACGUCACCACCAAUGUGGCAGGGCUGUCCUCUGACAUCUGUGCCACCUUCGAAGCCUGCGAGAAGUUCCUGCUGAAGAACAAAGAGGACCUGAUCUCACGGCUGCAGGACUUCUAGAGCCACAGAACCCUGCUGACAGACGGACACAGACGAAGGGACACCUCCAUGUUGGAAGGGGAUGUGGAUGGUGGCACCCAGACCCUGCCUCCCUGGGGCUUGGGGUGGAGGGGCAUUACUGCACCACCUCAUCCCUUGCACUGACAUGUCAUAUCUUUUCUUCUUUCUUUUUUUCUUUUUUUUUUUUUUUUUUUUUAAAUUUUAUUUAGAGAUUUUAUAAGCUGAUGUACAGGACUUGGAUUUCUUGUUUUCUUAAUGCUACUUGAAUCUUUAUAUGAUCCAAAAUCUUACUAAACCAGUUUUUUUUUUUUUUUUAACUGGUUCUUUGUGGGGGAUUACUGGUUCCCUUUAAGGUAGUAAAGGAAGAGAGAGGGCAGUGAUAUGGAGAGGGUGCUCUACCCCUCCUCAGUGCAGGGGUGGCUGGCAGUGAACCCCACUUUCCCAGGUGCUGCUUCUCUUCCCAGGCAAGGCUGACAAACAGCCCAUGCUCCUGCUAGGCUGCAAUCCUACCCCAUGGGGCUGUGGAAGGAGUAGCAAUAAAAGUGCAUUGAAAGGAAAAA